AUGCGGAAGAAGGUGCUGGUGUUCGCUCAUUAUCUAGACCAAGUUCUCCUAAGGCUACUCCGCGUCUGCUUUUUUGCGUAUGUCGUCUUGUUUUGUGUAAGCACGUGGGUCGGAGUCCACUACGAGCAGCCUGGGGACGUACGGUACAGGGAUUCCAUUCAGGAGGCCGUUGCACAUCCUCGAAAACAAGGGUACGGAAAGCAAGAGAAAAUUUUCAUUACCGCCAUGUUCCACGAUAACGAAAAUGUUAUUCCAUACUGGCACGACACUCUCAUCAAAGUCAUUCACUAUCUCGGUCCCAGACAACGUAGUAACAGUACCGAUAGUUCCCCUCAGCUCCUUGAAGCACUAGAUGCAGACCUUGCACUUUUGGGCGUGUCACGGCGCAUACUCACAAGAGAUAAAGCAGUACCAAAGCCCGACGAUUUGGGCGGAAACAAACGCAUUGAAUACCUAUCGGCCCACGCUAGGAGGCUUUGUCGAGCUGUUAGAAAACGAAACGAUGGGGACUAUGACAUGGCAUGUGGCUUAGACAUGGGUCAUUUUGGCGCAUAUGAUAUGUGGGUUCUUCGAGAUCGACAGGCAAAGCUAGCCAGUGCAAUCUGGCCAUAUUUCUUCGACGAAGCUGACUAUCAAGCAAUGCAUGCCGGGUCUCCUGUGCCCGUAUUCACCUGCUGGAACGGCAUCGUUGUCUUCACUGCAGAUCCUCUUCUCCCGGUAGCCUUGCGCUCUAAUCGCACGCUUUCCAACGAUCCUCUACCAUACGAAUUGCCGGCAACCCACCCAGCAGCACACAAUGCCUCGAUGCAGGGUCCGAGUCCUGCUCUGACACCCCCAAUACAAUUCCGCGCGUCUGCGCCAGGGGAAUGUUUUUCGUCAGAAAGUUUCUUGCUCCCAUAUGAUAUGAGGCGACAGUUCAAUCUGCAGCGCAUAUAUCUUAACCCAAAGGUGAUCAACGGUUACGACUGGAGGUUUUAUUUCUACUUCAAGUGUGGUGGAUCGAAAAAGGUGUACGAUGGUGCAUGGAUGGCAAGAAGUGUGAUGGUCGUAGGCGAUGCAGACAGGGUUUUCUCGUGGGACGGUGGAGACUGUCAUCCAUGGUGGUAG